UUAAUUGAUUUUAUCAAAAAAAUUAAACAUCAUUAAUUAUUAAUGCCAAUUAAUUGGCAUUAAUUAAUCACAUCUUUCAUCGAAAAAUUCAAUCAAAUGCAUCCUGAUUAAGAAUGGAAAAAAAACAUGAUUGAAUCUUGUGUCUAAAAUGUGCGUGAUAUUGAUUAAAAAAAACAUUGGCAAGCAUAUUUCAACAAUAAAAAUACCAUUUUGGCAUGAUCAGGCACGAUAGAUGAUAAUUUUAUUUUCGUCUUUCUUCAUGUUAAUCAUGUCACAUCAUGAUAAUGAUGAUGAUGACCACUUUUUUUCGGGGGUUGAGAAAUUUGUGCAUGUGUUUGUGUGUGUGUCUGUGAUUAUCGUUGAUCAUGAUUUAUAUCAAUUUUUGAUUCUGUGCCAUAUAAUGUCAUAUGCAUUUUAUUUGAAGAGAUAAAAUUAUAUGUGUUGACUGUAUAACGUUUGGUUGUUCGUUGUUCAUUCAAUUCAAUAUAAAAUAGAACGUCUAGAAUCCAAUUUUGUAUUCAUUAUUUCAAUCAAUAACUUGUCCAAAUCAUCGAUCAAUCAAUCAAUAUCAUCACAUCAUGAAUGCUGAAAAAUAUUAUGAAGAAAAUUUCGAAACUCGUGCCAUACAUUGUGGACAAGAUGCAAGUCAAUGGAAUUGUCGUGCCGUUGUACCACCAGUGGUAUUAGCUACAACAUAUCAACAGACUGGUCCCGAUGUUGAUUCGGCUUAUGUUUAUAGCCGAAGUGGAAAUCCAACUCGUCAUUCGUUAGAGAAAUGUAUAGCUUCAUUGGAGGAUGCUAAAUAUGCUUUAACCUAUGCAUCGGGAUUAUCCACACAGAUGAGCAUUACAUAUUUGCUCAGUGCUGGUGAUCAUAUCGUUGCCGGUGAUGAACUUUAUGGCGGUACUAAUCGAUUUUUUCGUACAUGUGCAUCAAAAUUUGGCUUAGAAAUUGAAUAUGCUGAUUUUCGUCAAGUCGAUCAAGUUAUCGAUACAAUUAAAAGCAAUACAAAAUUGGUUUGGUUCGAAACACCAACAAAUCCAUUGUUAAAAGUUAGCGAUAUUCGAGCCGUUUGUGAUGCUGUUAAGCAGAAAAAUCCAAAAAUAAUCAUAGUUGUGGACAAUACAUUUAUGAGUCCAUAUUUUCAAAAACCAUUAAAUCUUGGUGCAGAUAUUUCGAUGAAUUCUAUUACCAAAUACAUGAAUGGCCAUUCCGAUGUUAUUAUGGGCUGUAUAUCGACAAAUGAUGAUGAAUUAUUCAAACAAUUGAAGUAUUAUCAAAAUGCUGUCGGUGCUGUUCCAUCACCAUUCGAUUGUUUUCUAGUGAAUCGUGGAUUGAAAACAUUAGCUGUACGUAUGGAACGUCAUUAUAAAAAUGCUUUGGCCAUAGCAAAAUUUCUUGAAACACAUAAAAAAGUUAAAAAAGUCAUCUAUCCAGCAUUAGAAUCACAUCCAGAUUAUGAAAUAGCCAGGAAACAAAGCAAUGGUUUUAGCGGUAUGAUGGGCAUGCAUAUUUGUGGUGAUAUUGAAAAUGCCAAAGAAUUUCUAUCACAUUUGAAAGUAUUCACGUUGGCUGAAAGUUUAGGCGCUGUUGAAAGUUUGAUCGAAAUACCCAGUCUAAUGACACAUGCAUCGAUACCGAAAGAAACACGUGAAGCAUUAGGUAUAUGUGAUACAUUUAUUCGAAUUUCGGUAGGCAUCGAAAAUGUUGAUGAUUUAAUCCACGAUCUAGAUCAAGCAUUGAACAAAUCAGAAAUUGUUAUACCAGAAGGUGCUUAAUUGAUUAUUAGAAUAUGAAAAACUCACAUUUGUAAAUUUUUUUCACAAUAAUUUUUUUUAA